CAACCAACGGUUUCACGAGCCAGCCACAGUCAACGGAAAGAACCCAUUGGUUUUGGUCUUCGGUUCGGUCGCUGUGUAUGCUACUACACCUAUAUAGACAGCACGCUACAGCUCAAGAUGGAGAACGAAUUGCAUCUUCAGGAGUUACACGACGCGCUUCGCAAGCUGGAUAUUGCGAAAAAGAUCAUCGCAGAUUUAACAAACGAGAUUGAGCAACAAGAAGGCCGAUUUUCUCAAGAAAUAAAUGAAGUACGCAAACACUGCGAAAAUCAGAUAAAAUCGUACGAGACCACCAUCGCAAAGCUGCGAGAAGAGAUAGAGGAAAAGAAUGACAUCAUUAAUCAACCCAUCCUGGCGGUUCCGAAAGCGCCGACCAUUGUACAAGCGGAUACAUCGCUUGUGAAAGAUUUGGAAGCGAAGGAAGCACAGCAGUUAGAAGAAAUAAGUUUAUUGAAGGAAAAAUUAGCCACCAUAGGGCAAGAUUUUUCCCAAGCUCAAUGGAAAAUCUCGGAACUGAGUGAGGAAGUAGAAUUGCUGAAGGAACGGUUUGUAUCACAGAAAGCCAAUCUACAGCUUAAAACACAACAAGCCACUGAGCUACAAGAACUCCUCGAAUCGACCCAGGAACAGAACGGUAGGCUAUCAGCCGAACUUGCAGAAAUCCGAUCGGAUCCAUCCAACGCAAAGAAAGGAAAUUCUCUGUUCGCUGAAGUUGCCGAUCAACGCAAAAGUAUGAUGAAAAAGAUCACGCAAAUGAAGGCGUGCUAUUACGAGCUUAAAAGAGAACAUGAGAACUGUCCGCGUCAAAUAUGGGAGCUUCGCAACAUGCAGCAGCAUUCGGAAAACCUUUACAAGGAAUGCAUCACGCAGAUUAAAUCGGCAGAGCAUUACAAUCUCAAUACACUUCAGGCACAGAACAAUGAUUUGCACGAACAAGUGGAAAAGACAAAGUGUCGCAUUAGGUACCUAGAAAAUCAGUUGGCCACUAAAAGCGACGAUUGGGUGAAUAAACUGAUAGUAUACAACAGAGAAGAAAUGGAUAAAUUGCAAACGCGGCUGCGUAGCUACCAAUUUAAACAACGGGAGGCAAUGGAAUUGCAUGAAGGUGCGGUCAAGGAAACAUUUAAGUGGCGGAUAGAAGCGCAGCGAUUGAAAAUGAAAUCUAAGGACAUGAAGGUGCCGUGUGCUCCACCAUUGUCCAGCGCCGGUGAGUUUGUAACAUCCGGCCUUCAGCACACUCAGACGGAAAGUCAGACCAAAGCCAAGGAAGAUUUGCUCGGUGCAACUUAUGCGUCCCACGAUGAUUCUUCGGGUGUUGCAUCUUGCGCUACCAUUGCUGUAGACGGUUUGGCCGCACCGUUACCAAUGCCUGGCGAAGAUCUGCAGGAGUUAAAGCCAAAACAGGAGCAGAUAAUGGACAAAAUUAAAACUGUCCAUUUUAAAUGCUACAAAAUCAGCGACAUGAUCGCAAAGCACAAGGAGCAGGAGAAAGCCAAAGGCGGUACGAAUGAUCCCGCAGCUAAACCGAUGCCUGAAUAAUCACUGCCAACAUUAGGAUUCGCCGACUUUGAAGAUAUUGUUGAAAACAACGUUAGUAUGGUUUCUGAAGAAUGCAAUGCUAAAAAAUAUAUUGAAUGCUUUAGUAUCGAGGUACUGUAAUGAUGUCAAAUCGAAUAAAAAACAA